CCGCCCCCAGCGUGAGCCGCCCGCCGCGCGCGUGCGCCGCCCCUUUUCGUUUCGUUCUCCUUAGUUGCGCGUCGUUCGCUGCCGGCGGCAUGUCGGCGAUGGGGGUGGUGCCAAUCCGACCGAGCCCGCAGAAGCUAAGCGGCGCCUGCGUGCUGCUCACCACGUCGACGGUGCAGGUGACGGCCGCGCUCAAGAGCCAGCAGCGGCGGCCGGUGGAGCCGGCGCGCCCCAACCGCCGCCGGCUCGGCUAUUCGGCCUACAUCCCGCCGCCGCAGCCAUCCAACGUGCUGCGGCGCAACGCGCGCGAGCGCAACCGCGUCAAGCAGGUCAACCACGGCUUCGCGGCGCUGCGCAACCACAUCCCGAGCGCGGCCAAGAACAAGAAGAUGAGCAAGGUGGAGACGCUGCGGCGCGCCGUCGAGUACAUCCAGAAUUUGCAGGCGCUGCUGGACGAGAGCGACGCGGCCGCGGCGCCUCUGCCGCCGCCGCCCUGCCAGCCCUCGCCGCAGACGCUGACGCCGGCCAGCGCUUGCAGCGGCGACAGUGGCUACGCCGACCACCGGCCGUUCUACCUGGCGUCGCCGACCGAGGCACCGCGGCCGGGCCUGCUGGCGCAGCACAUCUCGCCGCCGUGCUCGGACGCCUCGUCGCCGGCGCCCUCGUACGCGUCCGACACGGCGCCGCCGCCGCCCGCCGCCUACGACGGCUACGACCAGUACGGCGCUGGCGGCUUCAGGGAGGACGCGUUCGGGGAGACGGAGAACAUGAGCGCGGCCGACGAGGAGCUGCUGGACGCCAUCGCCUGGUGGCAGUCCAGUCAAUGAGACGGCCAUCUCCGGCGGCUGCAGGUCGAGAUUCUAGUCAAGCCGUUGUGUUCCGCCCGCCGCCCGGCCGUCAUUCGUCAUCUGUCAUCCGCCGGCGCCCGCGUCAUCGCCGGUGCCAAUCAGCUGCUCCUGCCCUGGCGGCGUCUGGAGUCGAGCCCGAGAGACGUGAACUCGGCUUGGUUUACGUCCAGUGACCGACCCGGGGCGCGGCGACCACGGCAAACCAUGUGAUCCACCGUCAUGUCCUAGAGUGCCUUGUAUAGCUAUACGCGCGCGCAUCAGCUGCUCAAGCUCAUAUCAAUUUGUAUUCCGACGCGUUGUGAUCGAGGGCGGCUGUUGGCCCUUUUCUGGGCGGCGACACGCCUUGUUUGAUAGCUUUUAGCUGUUUAUGGGAUCUCUUUAUUGAGAGCGAAUAUGACGUCGUUGUUUGGAAAUGACGUUGCCGCGCCUGUGGAACUCGUGGACCAUUUUUCUAUGACAAAUGCCGUCAACAGCCGUUGUUAUUUUGUAACUUUAUAGCUUGAUUUGUACAUUUGUAGUGCUUGUAAGUGUGGUAGCGUUCAUUGGUCAUACGUAGUGUACAUUGUGCAUACGUAUGUCUACAAUGUUUGGUCGUUAGUGGAGGCAAUAAACAUGUGCAGCAGCUA